AUGCCGGGUCUUGAAAGUUCAGCAUCGUCGGUAACGAAUCUUGAUUUGAAUGACGGUAUUCUUGUCCAUGACGUGGACCCAGAGGUCGACACUACCCACAGCGAAGAAACCACCGCGGUCGGCCAGAUAGAUGAUGUAGCUGACGAAGAAUCCAGGAAGAACCUGCGGGAUCACCUACGGCGGACUUUGAGUGUUCAAAGGGAGAAAUCAGACGCAAGGCGAAAGACUGAUGAAUUUCUAGAAAUUAGUUCCGUGUCUCCUGACACAAGAUAUAGCCCUCGAGAGUACUUUGUACUCACGGACGCCGGGAAGCCUGUAUUCACUAGUCGCCCUGAUGGGGAGGACGUCGAGAAUUUAUCCUCUAUCAUGGGUAUAGUUCAAGCGCUUUUGUCGGUCUUCCUCGACGAUGGUGAUAAGCUACGUUGUAUAAAUGCUGGAAAGUUGCGGAUAACCUUCUUGCUUCGGUCCCCCUUGUAUUAUGUCUGCGCAUCAUCGUGGGGUGAGCCAGAGUCCGUCACUCGCUCACACCUCGAGUAUCUGCAUCUACAAAUACUGAGCAUCGUCACGGCAUCCCAACUGCGACGAAUUUUCGAGCGUCGCACGAACUUUGACUUGCGCAGGUUGUUAGACGGUGCAGAACCUUUUUUGUUUUCGUUGUUAGGUCGAAUGGAACUCGACCUUGCAAUGGCAACUUCUUCCUUGAACUGUCUACAGUUGGACCCAAGCUUGCGAGCGCGUGUUGCCGAAGCACUGGUGCCAACAUCAAAGAUGAAGGAUACCCUCUACAUCAUUUUGGUUGCACGGGGUCAGGUCAUAACAUUGGUGCGACCUAAAAAGCACUCAAUACACCCUUCCGGCACGUGCCCUUUAUUCAUUCUGACGUCUGACCCUCAUCUUGUUACAGAUAUACACAUUCUCGUCAAUACCGUUUAUUCCCCAUCUAUCAUCAACUCGCCCGCAUCUGCAUCAUGGAUUCCAGUUUGUCUACCGAAGUUCAACCCUGCUGGUUUUGUUAACGCAUACAUCACAUUUCUACAUCGCCCUGAUUCAGACCAGAAAUCUUAUCAGAGGACAACACGAGAGAACAAUGAAAGUGUUGCAGAGACCCCUGGCGCCAGCCAUGUUGCCGAAAGCAGCCAAGGUAUCACGUCGCAACACACAGCUAGGCUCAUAGAAGAUUCUGGCGUCGGACUGGUGUGCAUCAGCGGUGCGGGUGAGUUCGAGACUGUACGAGCAUGGUGCGACGUUGUCACUCAGAAAUUGAAUGAUGAUGGAUCCCUCAAUGCGUUGGCUAGAGCUGUCGACUCCGGGAAAACAAGCUACUUUGCUUCCCAGCUGGGGAUACCUGGGUUGCGUCACUUUGUUUAUAAGUCGAGGUCGCAUGUUCAGAUCACCCUACCGGCUUUUGAGGAGCCUUAUGAUACCCUCGAUGCGAAGCGAAGAAUUGUCACAUUGUACCAGAUCGUACAUGACGCGAUACAUGCAAAAUCUGGGCAAACAGGGAACCUCAAGCUGCAAUACAUUCGUACCGAGAAGGAAAUAAUCAUGGGCUGGAUAACGCAACCUUUCGAGCUGUAUGUGGUCUUAUCGCCGCGGUUACCCAAGGCUGCAGUGAUCAACGCUGCGAACGCAGUUACUCGAUGGGUGAAGAAAGAAGAAGGACAACUUUUCCUGAGGGAUGCCCCGGUCUUUUGA